AUGGCAGAGAACAAGCCAUACCGCUAUGGGCUCAUCGUUCUUGGGAUGGCGUUAGUGGCGUUGGGUCUGUUCAUGAUGGAUGUAGAAGAGCCACAGGUGUUUGCCACGUUCUGUUCUAUAGGAGUCCUAUUGAUGGGCUUGGGAGUAGUCUGGUCCGUGUGUCAGUGUUACCCCAGGGUGACUGUUAUAAUACCAGAAAAGGAAGAGCUCUGUGGGGCUGAAAUACAGGACUCAUGUGCAGGAAGAUCAGAUGAAAAAAGUCCAACAAAACCAAUAAGAGCUCCCGUGGCUGGCUUUUGUGAUGAAAAACUAGAAGUUGUAAUAUCAGCAGAUCCACAACUCUAUGAAGAGAACAAACACAAUGAGCAUGCCAUUGUCAUCCACACGUCUCAAAGCUCUUCCAGCACACACCUGGCAUGCUCCAGCACCCCACUGCCAGAUAAAAGAAAUGCAGAACCAGACUCUGACAAAGAGAUGUACUAUGGGAAAGUGGAGGACUCAUGUUACUAUACAGAGCUGGACAGUGAAUAAUUCAGUUUGAUUAUAUAUGUGUAAAUCAACAUCCACAUUAUUUAACAUAAAGUAAGAUUGGCUAGACACCUUGUCAUUUAUAUUUAAGAUAGCUAUAACUUCUAACAAAAUGUUCAUGUGUGAAUGUAUAAGUUUUCACAUUUUGUGUGAUCUGUCCCUUUAAUUAUAAAAAUAUAAGAAAUAAUCCUAACAGAGGCAUGUUUAUGUUACAAGUACUGGCCAUGACUUUGUCACAAGCAUGUGAUAAUUGCUCCACUCUCAGGAAAAUAAGCUGGAAAGUUUAAACAUUAGGUGAUAAAAUAAAUACACUGGUGACCUUGGCUCGUAUCACCAUGGAGAGGACAUUGAGAGAGGAACAAUCUGGAAUGAGGAGCUCUGAGGAUUUAUAUCUGACUCUGCUGCUUCUUUAUAAGAGACUCUUCAAGGAAUAGUUCACCCAAAAAUGAAAAUUCUCUCAUCAU